GUGACUAACUUUGAGUGCAGUCUUCUUCCUUUGCUGCUGUUUAUAGAUGAAAUAGGAACAGUGUUGCUGGCACUGCAAUGAGCUUAAUUGACUUAAAGCUGGCAGCGAGCAAGUGAAAUAGAAACAUGGCAUUAGUUAGCUUUUUGAUUCCCUGCCUUAUGAUCAGCACUGAUAUUGCCUACUCUUGCCAGAACACUGAUGACUUUGUGGGCACCAGUUCUCCAGGAGACAUCAUUAUUGGAGGCUUGUUUGCAGUUCAUAAUGAAAUGCUGCAUCCAGAAGAACAUCCCAUCAAGCCAGUAAUUCAGAGUUGUGCUAGCUUUGAAAUUCAAGUUUUUCUUCAGACGCUUGCAAUGAUACAUGCUAUUGAAAUGGUCAACAAUUCAACAUUGUUACCUGGAGUUACUCUGGGCUAUGAAAUCUAUGAUACUUGUGCAGAAGUUACAAAAACCAUGGCAUCUACUCUGAGGUUCCUGUCUAAAUUCAAUUCUUCUAAGGAUGUUGUAGAAUUCAAGUGUAACUAUUCAGACUACAUACCGAGAAUUAAGGCAGUCAUUGGAGCCAGCUACUCUGAGGUGUCAAUGGCAGUUUCAAGGCUAUUGGCUUUGCAACUAAUCCCACAGGUCAGUCCUGCAUCAUCUGCUGAAAUCCUCAGUGACAAAAUCCGGUUUCCUUCCUUCUUAAGGACUGUCCCCAGUGAUUUCUAUCAGACAAGAGCAAUGGCCCACUUAAUCUGUGAGUCUGGGUGGAACUGGAUUGGAGUGAUAGCCACUGAUGAUGACAAUGGGCGUUUUGCUGUGGAGAGCUUUGGGGUCCAGGCCAUGGCAAACAACAUUUGUAUAGCUUUUAAAGAAAUGCUGCCUGCCUAUCUCUCUGACAACACUUUUAACGCCAAAGUUAAUCAAGCAAUUGAGAAGAUUGUCAAGGAAAACAAAGUAAAUGUUAUUGUUGUCUUUAUGAGACAAUUCCAUGUGCUCAAACUAUUUAACAAGGCAAUUGAGAAGAAUGUAAAUAAAAUUUGGAUUGCAAGUGAUAAUUGGUCAGCUGCAGUCAAAAUCAGUACAAUUCCCAAUAUCAAACAGCUGGGAACUGUUGUGGGGUUUGGAUUUAAAAGUGGAAACAUAUCCCCCUUUCAUGACUUCCUGAGAACCCUUCAUGAAAAGCCCACUGAGAACAAUAAGUUUUUACAUGAAUAUAUUAUGCUUUUGUCAGUUUGUGCACACCUGGAGUACCAUGAUUUUCAAAUGUGUAUUUCAAGCCAAUUCCAAGAGAAUCUGCUGCAAAAUGCUGAGAAUAAACAUCAGAUCUGGAGAGACGAUUUUUUGAUUGCCAACACUGAACCAGGAUUUAUCCAUAGUACUAUACUUGCAGUCCAUGCCAUUGCUCAUGCCAUUAAGAGGCAAUGCAAACACAGAAACUGCAAGGAUCCUUCUGCUUUCACUCCCUGGGAGCUCCUUGAAGAACUUAAAAAAGUUACAGUCCUUGAUGAUGACAAAGAAAUCAAGUUUGACUCGAAAGGAGAUAUGAACACUAAUUAUGAUGUAUUUCUUUGGAAAGAAAUUGAUGGCCAUAUGAAAAUCACCACAAUGGCAGAAUACAACCCAGAAAAAGGUUAUUUUAUCUUUGAGGAUAAGGAGAAAGAAAAGGAAUUUCUGGACUUAAAGAAUGUUCAAUCAACAUGUUCCCAGCAUUGCAGACCAGGAGAGAUGAAAAAGGUUACAGAAAGUCCACACACUUGCUGCUAUGAGUGUGUUUACUGCCCGGAAAACCAUUACAGCAAUCAAACAGAUAUGGAUAACUGCUACCAAUGCAACAACAGAACUUACUGGGCUCCCGUGAACAGUGCCACGUGCUACAGAAAGACAAUCCAUUUCCUCAGCUGGACUGAGUGGUUUGCCAUGUUUCUACUCCUCCUCUCUGCUUUAGGGAUUGCAUUGAUUUUGUCAAUUAGUGUAAUAUUUACUAAAAACUUGAAUACACCAGUUGUAAAAGCAUCUGGAGGUUUAACUGUCUGCUAUAUUAUUCUCUUCAGCCACUUCUUAAUUUUUUUAAGCACUGUCUUUUUCAUAGGUGAACCCACAGAACUGAAAUGUAAAACUAGGCAAGCUGUCUUUGGCAUAAGUUUUACACUCUGCGUUUCAUGUAUUUUAAUAAAGUCACUAAAAAUUUUACUAGCCUUCAGCUUUGAUCCCAAGCUACAGAAUUUCCUGAAAAGUAUAUAUAAACCUAUUCCCAUUGUGGUCACCUGCACUGGCAUUCAAGUUAUCAUUUGCACUUUCUGGCUAAUAUUUAGGACCCCUACUGUGAAACAAAACUUCUCAAUUCCAAGAGCAAUAAUUCUGGAAUGCAAUGAGGGUUCUAUUGUGGCUUUUGGGAUGAUGUUAGGCUAUAUAGCUGCUCUCGCUUUCAUUUGCUUUAUAUUUGCCUUUAAAGGUAGGAAGUUACCAGAGAACUACAAUGAAGCUAAAUUCAUAACCUUUGGCAUGCUAAUUUACUUUAUAGCCUGGAUUGUAUUUAUCCCUGUCUAUGCAACCACAUUUGGCAAAUACGUUCCAGCAGUUGAAAUCAUUGUUGUUUUAAUAUCCAAUUAUGGAAUUCUCUGUUGUACUUUUCUCCCUAAAUGCUAUGUCAUAAUUUAUAAGCAAGAAACAAAUACAAAAUCUGCCUUUCUCAAGAUGAUUUACACAUAUUCUUCUAAGAGUGCAGGCAGUGUUACUGUUAGUCGGAUUUCUUUGGAUUCAAAGUCUUCCAGCUCCCGAGUUACCACCUCAGACUCAUGUAAAUCUGAGAAAACCUCUGCAAAUAGAAACUGCCAUUUUCAAGUGCCUGGGCAGAGAUUAAUAAAUGGGAAAGUUCUUCCUAAAAGUACAGCAAGGACACUGUCCAGGAAAAGACUGUCCAGCAUAUGACCAAAGACAAACGAGGCAUUUUAGGGAGACAUUUCUCUUUUAAGUCUCUUUUCUUUUGAUUCUCCCAAAGACAGCAGGUCACAUGAAAUGUCAUCUCCUGUGAUACUUCAAAAGUUAUUCAUUACUAGAUUCGAAGGGAUUUCUCUGGUCACAGAGUCCAGCCCCUGCUCUUGCAAUCCCCUUCAGCAGUCCCCUUCAUUCUCCAUCCUGACACAGGUUGUCUGCUCAUGUAAUCCUACUGGAACCUCUCCCCAAAACCUCAUAUCUCUGACUGAGGUAGAAGUGUUAGAAGAGCUAGCAGCAUUCUUCUUAUUCCUCACAGAUAUGAAGGCAUGAACUGUUUAUACCUGCUUGUUCUUGUGUCUUUGGUGCCUGGUUGUUUAAGGAGCUCAUCUUCUUACCUGAAUGUAUUUUAUCAAAGAAACAGAACCCUCUCUUAGCUUUUGUUUGCUAAGCUAAACAAGGCCAGUCUUUUAGUCUCCACUUUUAAGAUAGGCUUUCCACUCUCCUGAUCAUCCAAAAGUAAACCUUUUCUGCACCUGGUACAAGUAAAUCCAGGGUUGUUUUUUUUUUUUUCAAUACAUGCACCCAGAGUUGUACGUCCAAUUCCAGAUGAGCGUCACAGCAACAUUUAAAGUUUCCUCCAUUUAACAGGGUGAUAAUGAAUGAAAGAGACACAUCUAUAUAAAAAUUGAAGGGUUUCUCUGGAGCUCUGUGGUUAUAGGUACUUUCAUUUCCCUUUUUUCCCAUAUUUGGGGGAAACUGCACCUCACACACCUCCUCUGAUGCAUGACUAUGUUUGUCCUGAGGUGUCUAUUUAGUUCAAGGAAGGAAGCAAGCAAUCUCUGCCACACUGUGUAACGAAAAAAAUGUUAAACGCUAAGCAAUUCCUUUCAUUUCAUGAGAUCAGCAUGAAUACAUCCUGGAAAUUUUAGAUUUUUUGAUACCUGUUAAAAAAAAAACUGAUUUUCAACAAGAAAAUGACAGUGCGUCAUUCCAAUACACAGCAACUGCAUAAGUAGUAACUGAUAUUAGCUAUACCGCAUGAGUGUGUGCUUGUAGCUCUGUACAUAUUCUGUACUAGAGGCAGAGCACAUGUUCAGAGAGGAGCGAUUCUUCUGUCAGGACAACUAUACCACUUCUCUCCAUCAAUGGCAAACGCUUUCUUCUCCUGGAAAGGCCGCAGCUGCCCUGGGGGUUCUGCCUCCCUGGUUGGGCUAGAUGGGAAUAGUUUUUUCAAAGCCCUAAACAGCAGCUCCACGCUGCCAGAGCUCUGAUAUAUAGGCCCAGUCCAGCACUGUGAAGUAUGCUUUUCCUUUUCUGUCUUCGUAAAGCCAUUAGCUGGGAAUGCAGACACUGUGCUCUGCUAUUUUAACUUCUGCACCAUGUUAAUGUGAAAAAAUACUAAUGCCUUCAAUUUUGCCUCUGCUUCUGUUUGAAUCUGGAAUAAUUUGAUGUUGUAGCAGGUAAAAAUCAAGUUCAGUAAUUGCAACAUUACACAGGCAUGUUGUAUUAUUGUUAUGUACAAUAUAUCUAUUUUUCUAUCAUUUCUAUUUAUAUGUUUCCACCCAUAUCUAUAUGAUUUUUCUACUCAAAUUUUAGUAAAAAUAGCUAUAGAUUGCAUUUCAAUGAUGGACACAAGCAAUGAAAUUACUUUGACAUGUAGGCAUAUAUAUAUAUAUAUAAAAAGUAUCUGUGAAGGCAUAUUUUUAAAGUAAUUUGAAUGGCAAGGGUACGAAUUACAUAGAGAUUUGCGUAAUUAUUUAAUUUCUAUAGCUGUUUAGAGGAACGAAGGUCUAUGCACCAAAUGCUGUUCAUGUAUCACUUGUUACAAGUACUGCUCUGAAUAUGAACUAGUAUGUAUUGUAAGGUUAAAAUUUCUGAAAUUCGCCUGCCAAUGCAGCAAAAAAAGUCUCCCAAAAAGAGAAAAAACAAGGCUUACAUUGUACAAUGACUUUCAGCGCUAAGCUGGUUAGCAAAAUUAAUUUGGCUAGAAUAUUGUAUCUGUAUUUGUUGUUUUCAAAAUUGUUAAGUAUACUGUGUCUUGAACAUAUAAGGAAAGGGGAUGAUUAAAGUAAAGUUGUUAUUUAAAA